CAAACGAUUGUAAUUCCGUCCUUCCACGCUUACAGAUUACAGCACAAUGGCUUCGUUGGCAAAUAAGGGAUCGUCGCUUGUUUCGACUCUGCUGACCCAGGCUCGCCCGAAGCUGAAUGUAUUCAUGAAGUACGCCAAGGUGGAGCUGACCCCACCGAGCCCCGGUGACAUUCCUGCUAUCCGCGACGGCAUUGCCCGCAUCAUCUCGGGCGCUCGCACCGGUGCCUGGAAGAAUCUGACCGUCCGCGAGGCCUGGCUGAACACGCUGGUUACGAUGGAGGUGUGCUUCUGGUUCUAUGCCGGCGAGUGUAUCGGCAAGCGUCAUCUGGUUGGCUACAGCGUCUAAGCGUUUUUGGUGUGUUGUUGCU